AAACGUUUUACAAACCAUAGAAACGAAGAAUAGAAUCCGAAAGGCAGCAUAACUUUUUCCUUUAUUUUUAUUUCCACGGAGGAACAAGUCGCGGGUCCACUAGAGCAUACCCGCGGCACCAUAACAACGCUUUCGGCUUAGCGUUCUUUUUUUCUCCACGAUUUCUUAUCAGCUGUGUUUUGUUACGAAAGCGAAUGAACUGAAUGUGUUAGUACUUUGUUUUUUUAAUCGUGACUCGUCAGCGCUUCAAAACAAUCAUUUUCUUUCUGUUCGUCAUUCCUUUCCGCGGUUUGUGUGUAAGCUGCGACCCUUGUUACGCCUAGAAAAGGUUUUUUUGUUGAACCCUUUCACGAAUCGAGCACCACGACCAAGAGAAGAACCCGCGAAUGUGUAGUAUGCGCGUUCUUGUCUAAAAAACGCAUCGGUUUAGAUUCGGCUCUGGGCAGCAAGCUAUGGUCAGUUUGCUACGGAACUUCACAUCGAACUCGGGUGGACGUUUCUUUGACGAAUCAUCGAGAAUGGACGACAGCAGGACGAUGCUCGAUCCCAUUCUGGCGACGGAGGACGACGACGGCUUUCGGCCGCUCCGCACCGUGCCAGCAUUCAGCUUCCAUCUCUUCGUAUCCAGUUGUAUCUCCCUAACUGGAAUUAUCCUUGCGGCAACCUGGGAGGAUAGUCGACGAUGUGAAGCGUACUUUAUAAUGUUAUACUUGCGGGCAGCAUUUUGGAUAGUUACUUACUUGUUCGAUCACCUGGUGCGCAAACAUCAUGAAAAACUGCGCCUUAACGGAUACCACGAUUUCCACCGCACCGUAGAAGGUCACAAAACCGUACCGCUGCAAAUAGUUUCGCUGUGGAACACGUUCCUGCUUGCGAUUCAAACGCUGAUUCAGCACUACUACGGUGACGCGUUUGGAGAGAAAUGCGUCGUAGUUGGACUACUAUCGCCCAUCGUAUACAUUUCUGCUUUCUCCGGGCUGGAAACGAUCGUACUAGCUAUAGUCAACGGAUCCUACAUUGCAAAAGUGAGACGGUUCAAUCGCACCGCUUCGCCUCCGGAUGCACUACAGGACAACCGCGGUUUUAGUGGCGGGUCGCUUGGGUUGACCCAGCGUGGUCUCAGCACGGCCGAACUUCUAGAGAAACAGGCCGACCUGAUUAAGUAUUUGAAGGAUCACAAUCUUAAACUGAACCAAAAAAUCAUGCAGAUGAACGCGCAAGUGCGAACGAUCACGUAUCCCGGAUAGGUCCAUCAUUAAUCUUCAUCGAUUUUGUAUUUAACGUGUUAGCGGGAAGGAUAAUCCCAAUCAGAGAGACAAACGCGGAAUCCAAAAAUGGGAAACAACAGAAGAGUGUAUAGAGUAGAACUUAAAAAGCGGUCAAGGCCGCAUAGGGAUCACAGGGUAGCUUGUCCUAUUUGUCGGUAUUCUUUUUCCCUCCAGAUUCCAGUUACAGUUAUUCGAUUGCCAUUGGACUGAUACAUAUUACAGCAAUGUAAUGUAAAGCACUUACUAAUAGCUCAGCAGAAUGUAGUAGUUUUUCCUCUCUCUUGGUAACUUUUCUGGUCUAUCGAUCCAACCCCCGAGCCAACCAUUUCUAUCAUUUGUUAGAAGAGCAUACGACGUUGCUCCACGUGAGUGCUAGGAAAAAACAUUGCAUACUUUCCAAAUUGCAUCAAAAUAAAAGAUUCAUAUGAUUCCUAUUGGAAAACAAGUGAUAAAUUAGAGUUGUUUAAUAAAUAAUAAUGGAAAAAUA